AUGUGUGGCAAGAAGUCGGACAGCGGUGGCGAUGAAGAGAGAGCUUAUAUACUCUUCCAUCGGUUUUUCACAAGCAUUAAAACAGUGAAGAAAUCGGAAGAUUACAAGAAAGACGAGAAGUAUUACUCAAAUAUGAUUGGUAUGAAUAAAGUGAAGGAAGUGGUCGAACGCAUGGAAGCGUUGGCCACGAGUCUUAUGAAACGCUAUGAUUUGCUCAAAGAGAUCAAUGAGUUGACGGAAAGGGAACUCAACGGAACCGUUAACAGUGUGUCCAUUAAUAAUAGCAAUAGUAAUGAUUUGAACGAAACAAAGAAACCCAAAUCGAUUGAAACCGUCGAUGAAAGCGGUUAUCCGCUCAUCGAUUGUCAGACAUUAGUCGAGAGUUUAGAAAACACGACAGAAAUGAAUAAAAUCCUAAUAUUGGACACAAGGACUCCUGAAGAAUACAGUGUUUCACAUAUCGAUAAACUUCGGACGACUGCAGACCUAAACGUUGUUAAUAUUCCUCAAAAUUUAUUAAUACCCGGAUUGACGACCUCUAAACUGGAUUCCGAUCUGCCGUUGGGUAACACUUUGGAUGUGUUUAGGAGACGGAGAAGUAUGUCUAAAGUGAUUAUCGCUGACCUCCACUCCCACGAAGUCAUUGCCAACACUCCUGCCUUUCAUUUGGCGGAAGCGCUUUGGAAGUGGGACUACUCGUCGAUAAAACUGAAGAAUAAGCCAUUCCUCUUAAAGGGAGGAUAUGCUGAUUGGGUUCUCACAUAUCCUAUGUUUACAUCGAAUCCUAAAUAUAUAUCAAAGAGUUUGCCAUUAAAUGCGAACAAAAGCCUAAAUUUGGGUUUCAAUUAUGAUUUGAGUGAAUUUGAAGACAAACCCAAAACACCCAACAAUUUAAUGGUCAAUGGGUUUACGAACGGAGAUAUAGAAGAGGCCACACAAUCACAGAAGGGAUCAGAUGCGGAACAACAAGCGAAUCGUGUAAAUCAUAUAUUCAAUACGAGGCCAACCAAUGUGGCCAUUCCGGGCACAGCGAAGCCACUAAUACCCGAUCGAUCGACAAAACCUAUAGUACAGCCGGAGAUGAGCUCUUCUAAUGAGCCGAAGAUAGAAGACAAGGAAGACGUGGAGAAAAUCAAACUCAGAAAAGUAAAUGAAAUCAAUGAACAAAUGAUGGAAAAUAUGAGAGAAGACUUCGAGGGAAAGGUGCAGUUACUAAACAAUCAGUUGAAUAUUAAAAAUAAAGAGAAUAAGAAUUUGAUGGAAGCGGUCCGCAAAGCAAAGCCGCCGUCUCUGGUGUCCAAUGAUUUGAACGAUACAAACGAUGAAAAGCCAGUGAUUGCUAUCAAUGGAGAGACUAAUGGUUUAAAUAAACGAAAUGCCAUUUAUAUGAAGGUUGACGACAGCGGCGACAAGAAUACAAGUGAGACCGACUUACCCAAUGGUGUGAUGAAUGGCCACCGCAUGUCUAACUCCAUCACAUCCACACAUAAAGGCGCGAAUAAGUCAUCGAACAGUCUGUCGGUGUCGUCGAACCUCUCGCGCUCGAUAUCGUCGCCAAACAUCGCUCAGCUGUUGGAGAAGGAGAUGAAUGGCAAACAUAUGGAUAACAUCGAUACGAACGAAGCGAAGGAGCGUUCGAUGACAACGCCAUCGCAGCCACAGUUCGAUCGAACGCUUAAACCGGCCAUAAAUCGGGAAAAAUUGUAUUUUAACGACUCGACUGUAAUCGAGGAUAAAGUGCGCGACUUUUGUCCGGUGCGAAGCGGCGGCACAUCAAUCACUGGACUCAAGAAUUUGGGAAAUACCUGUUACUCCAAUGCCGUCGUUCAGUGUUUGUUGAAUACAACAGAGUUUUCGUCGUUUUUUAGCAGAAACUUGAAAAUUAACAAAAACUCAAAGUACGGCUCAAAUGGUGAACUGGUUAUGGAAUUGGCGGCACUUUUCCGUCAUAUGGCUUAUCCAUCGUUUUAUACAAUGCUUUCGGCCAAAGACUUCAGGCAAGCGGUGAGCAAACAUAUAAAGGACUUCGUGCCCGGAGCUCAACAGGACUCACACGAGUUCUUAGUGAAACUCUUUGAGAAACUGCACGACGACUUGAAUGAUAUGUCUAAAGUGAUUAUCGCUGACCUCCACUCCCACGAAGUCAUUGCCAACACUCCUGCCUUUCAUUUGGCGGAAGCGCUUUGGAAGUGGGACUACUCGUCGAUAAAACUGAAGAAUAAGCCAUUCCUCUUAAAGGGAGGAUAUGCUGAUUGGGUUCUCACAUAUCCUAUGUUUACAUCGAAUCCUAAAUAUAUAUCAAAGAGUUUGCCAUUAAAUGCGAACAAAAGCCUAAAUUUGGGUUUCAAUUAUGAUUUGAGUGAAUUUGAAGACAAACCCAAAACACCCAACAAUUUAAUGGUCAAUGGGUUUACGAACGGAGAUAUAGAAGAGGCCACACAAUCACAGAAGGGAUCAGAUGCGGAACAACAAGCGAAUCGUGUAAAUCAUAUAUUCAAUACGAGGCCAACCAAUGUGGCCAUUCCGGGCACAGCGAAGCCACUAAUACCCGAUCGAUCGACAAAACCUAUAGUACAGCCGGAGAUUAGCUCUUCUAAUGAGCCGAAGAUAGAAGACAAGGAAGACGUGGAGAAAAUCAAACUCAGAAAAGUAAAUGAAAUCAAUGAACAAAUGAUGGAAAGUAUGAGAGAAGACUUCGAUGGAAAGGUUCAGUUACUAAACAAUGAAUUGAAUAAUAAAAAUAAAGAGAAUAAGAAUUUGAUGGAAGCGAUCCGCAAAGCAAAGCCGCCGUCUCUGGUGUCCAAUGAUUUGAAAGAUACAAACGAUGAAAAGCCAGUGAUUGCUAUCAAUGGAGAGACUAAUGGUUUAAAUAAACGAAAUGCCAUUUAUAUGAAGGUCGACGACAGCGGUGACAACAACACAACUGAGACCGACUUAACCAAUGGUGUGAUGAAUGGCCACCGGAUGUCGAACUCAAUCACAUCCACACAUAAAGGCGUGAAUAAGUCAUCGAACAGUCUGUCGGUGUCGUCGAACCUCUCGCGCUCGAUAUCGUCGCCAAACAUCGCUCAG